AUGGACCAGGAGAAGCAGCCAGAGAUCGAGAUGCACGCUGUGAGGUCGCUGACGCGCCGGAAAUCUCGAAGACAUCUUUUGAGUCUUGCGCUUCUAGCAUCAACGAUCAUUGUUGCAGUACUGCUUCUUUUCGGGCAAUCAAACAGUCACAAAGCUGUACCAGCAGUUCCGCUCGGCACUGCUUUCGAUCCAAUUGGCGGCGGUGUCAAACUUCGCAUCAUGGCUCUUGGUGACUCUAUCACAGCUGGCACCGUGAGCGCUGAUGGAAUUGAAAGCGCAAGCUCUCGUUCUAACGGCUACCGCCUUUUCCUUCGUAACAGCAUCAUGGAAACAGGUGUGCAAGAUGCUGAUAUCGACUUCAUUGGCUCACGAGUACCGCCGAAGGACGACCAGGCGACUCUUGCCAUGCCGGACAAUCAGAACGAAGGAUGGCCUAACGAAAAGAUCAACAAGAUCCUAGCCCAUGUAAUGAAGAACAGGCGUCUACUAGAUCGCCCAAAUCUAGUCCUGAUCCAUGCCGGCACCAACGACAUGAACGACUCUCCCGAAAAUGCACCGUGGACACAGGCUCAUCUUCGACUUGGUGCCAUGGUCGACGAAGUCUUGUGCCAGGUUCCAGAAGCGGUAGUAAUCAUUUCUAAGAUCAUCAGAAAUGACUGGCAACAAGCUCGAACUGACGAGUACAAUGCAAAACUCCCGCAAGUAGUCGCAGAUCGUCGCAAAGCUGGCUACAAGGUCUUGCUCGCUGACCACUCUGCAAUCACUCCCGGUCCUGACAAGACGCACCCAAGCGAUGCUGGCUACAAACAGAUGGCCGCGAAUUGGAUGGAGACACUCGACACGAUACCGGCUGGCUGGAUUCAGGAACCUCAAGCUGCGGUGAAGACUGCAAAUAUUUGCCACAGUACUGAGGGCUCGCCAUUCAAUUGGCAUGAGGAAUUUGAACAGUCUUUGCAUUCAUAA